AUUAUAUUUGCUGCUGUGAACAUAAUUCAUCCAGUUUUUUUCCCCAACAGGAUUACAAACACCGGCCGUUUCAUCCACCAGAGCUAUGAAUACUCGAAGGGAUGUUCGUGGAAGCAGGACUGCUCUGUUUGAUGACAUUGAAGAUGGUGGUAUUAGGGCCACUUCGUCUUACUCAUCCCAUGAAAUUGAUGAACAGGAGAAUGAUAGAGCGAUGGACGGGCUUCAAGAUAGAGUUCUUAUGCUGAAAAGGCUGACAGGUGAUAUUCAUGAAGAAGUGGAGGGUCAUAACCGAAUGUUGGAUAGAAUGGGGAAUGAUAUGGAUUCUUCAAGAGGCAUUCUAUCUGGCACGAUGGAUAAAUUCAAAACGGUUUUUGAGACUAAAUCAAGCCGAAGAAUGUUUACUCUUGUGGCUUCGUUUGUUGUCGGUUUCCUGGUCAUAUAUUAUCUCACUCGGUGAUUCGGGCUCUUUUUGAACCCGAAACCGUUACGCCUCGGUGAAUGUUGGACAAUGCUCUUUUGUGUGGACGUUUAUGUAAAAAAAAUCUUGUUGAAAUGGAGAUUUGUGUGUUUGGUUUGAAGAUUAAAUAUCGACUUGAACUGUUUAUAUA